UAAAAACAUUUUACCUUUUGAAUCAAAAAUAUCCCUCACACUUGCGAUCAAAACUUAAGCCCAAUCCUUGUUCCAUUCCAAAAAUAGAAUAAAACCCAAUCCUGAAUCCACGAAUGGAAACAAGAAACGGUCACUCUGAUCAAAGACCGCGACAAAAUCGAAAUGGGUGUCAUGUCGUUCUCAGUCUUCUCACUCACGCAAUCCUAUCUUCUGGGAGACAGUAAUUGGAACACUCCGUUCAACCAUUGUGAUUGCUCAUUUUAGGGAGAAAUGUAUAAACAAACCGCCAUGGAAUUCUGAGAAAGAAGACUGUUGCUUUGCUUUGUCGAAAACAAAUCCAGUGCUGCCUGUUCUUCUCAUCUUAUAGUUUAUUUAGCAUCACGAGAACCGUCAAAUCAGAUCGUUUCUUCAAAACCCAGACUUGCUUUUGUUGAGAUAUGAUUCCAUCUUAUAGUAGCUUCUCUUAGGUUCUUGUCUCUGGUAGAAAUCGAAAGAGACACGUCCAAGAGGAGAGGACAAGUGGUAGGCUAAUCGUUUUGCCACGUUCUUCUCAUGUUGACACACUCACUACUGCUUAGCUUAACUCUUAUCAAUUAACCAGAAAAAGCCUGAUGAAAUUGCAAUCCCUUCUUCUUUUUUCAUGGUUAGUUUCAUUGUCUUGCGCUUUCUGAUUUCAUAAUUCUUGGACGCUCUGGGUUCUUUGAGUUAUAAAGAAACAGAGAAACUUACUAACUAGGCAAACCGUGGCUGAGAUGGUGGAGCCAAGCAGUGCUGAGUAUGUGGAAUUGGGAGAACGUUCUUCCCCCAAACUAGAUAAGUACCAAAAGGUUUCUAUUAUACCCCUUGUUUUCUUGAUCUUCUAUGAGGUCUCUGGGGGGCCUUUUGGUGUUGAAGAUAGUGUCCAGGCAGCUGGUCCCCUUUUAGCUCUUCUUGGAUUUUUGCUGGUUCCAUUCAUAUGGAGUAUCCCAGAGGCGUUAAUAACAGCAGAAUUAGGUACAAUGCUCCCAGAGAAUGGUGGUUAUGUUGUCUGGGUAUCAUCAGCUUUGGGCCCUUAUUGGGGUUUCCAACAAGGCUGGAUGAAAUGGUUGAGUGGGGUUAUUGAUAAUGCUUUGUACCCGGUUUUAUUUCUAGACUACCUGAAAUCAGCGAUCCCAGCUUUGGAAGGAGGUCUGCCAAGGACAAUAGCAGUGUUGGUUUUGACCCUGGCUCUCACUUAUAUGAGCUACAGAGGUUUAACCAUAGUGGGUUGGGUGGCAAUAUUACUAGGGGUGUUUUCACUUCUCCCUUUUAUUUUCAUGGGAAUUGUUGCAAUUCCCAAACUGAAGCCUUCAAGGUGGCUUAUGGUAGAACUUGGUAAUAUAGACUGGGGUUUAUACUUAAAUACUCUCUUUUGGAAUCUGAACUAUUGGGACUCCAUUAGCACUCUUGCGGGAGAGGUGGAAAAUCCAAGUAAAACUCUUCCAAAAGCCCUUUUUUAUGCUGUUAUCUUAGUUGUUUUUGGAUACUUUUUCCCCCUUUUGAUUGGUACGGGGGCAAUUCCACUUGAUCGCCAGCUUUGGACUGAUGGAUAUUUCUCAGACAUUGGUAAAAUGCUUGGAGGUGUCUGGCUGCUAACAUGGAUUCAAGCAGCAGCUGCUCUAUCAAACAUGGGAAUGUUCCUUGCUGAAAUGAGUAGCGAUUCUUUCCAGCUUGAGGGAAUGGCAUGUCGAGGGAUGCUUCCUGAGCUCUUUGCAAAGAGGUCUCGCUAUGGAACCCCUCAGGUUGGGAUUUUAUUCUCUGCAACUGGUGUUUUACUACUGUCAUGGUUGAGCUUUCAAGAGAUAGUAGCAGCAGAGAACUUCUUAUACUGUUUUGGAAUGAUCAUGGAGUUUAUUGCAUUUGUGAAGCUAAGGAUAGACCGUCCAGCAGAAUCAAGGCCAUUCAAGAUACCUGUCGGCACGGCUGGAGCAAUUUUAAUGUGUAUCCCCCCUACCCUGUUAAUUCUUGUGGUUUUAGCAUUUGCUUCUCUCAAAGUCAUGGUGAUUAGCAUGGUAGCUGUGAUAAUCGGGCUUGUUGUUGAGCCUUGUUUGAGGUAUUCAGAGAAAAAUAGAUGGUUCAGAUUCUCCAUGAAUGCUGACCUCCAUGAUUUUCAUUCUGCCUAUCACUAGUGUAAUGAAACAUGAUUGGAAAUUGCAAUUUUUCUCUUUUUCAUUUUUCUUUGCGUCUGAAAUGUGAAUGAGCCUUCACUUGUAUAUGCUUUGAAUUUUUUUUAAAU